GCAGCUUCCCCUAGCUAGCUGAUCUCAUCUCAGUUGCGACACAAAAAGUAAAUCAAAUGCAUUUGACUUUAAAGUUUUUAUUAUGAAAAGGCAAAACGUAAGAACACUAUCUUUAGUAGUGACAACAUUUACAUAUCUUUUAAUUGGUGCUGCUGUCUUCGAUGCUCUCGAGUCCAAAGAGGAAGAAAAAAGAGAUCAAUUAUUGAAAGUAUCUUCAAGCUCACUCAAAACAAAAUACAACAUUACCGAAGAAGACUACAAAAUGAUCGAAUUAAUGAUAAUCGAAUAUAAACCUCAUAAAGCCGGUCCUCAAUGGAAAUUUGCCGGGUCUUUUUACUUUGCUACUGUUGUCUUAGCUAUGAUUGGUUACGGUCAUUCUACACCUGUAACUGCUGGAGGUAAAGCAUUCUGCAUGGCUUAUGCAAUGAUUGGAAUACCUCUGGGACUUAUCAUGUUCCAAAGUAUCGGUGAACGUCUUAAUAAAGUAGCCUCAAUAAUAAUUCGUCACAUUAAAAAAUACUUGAAAUGUGACAAAAUCGAAGCAACAGAAAUGAACUUAAUGUUUGCAACUGGUAUGCUUUCUACGAUUAUUAUAACAACAGGAGCUGCCGUGUUUUCUAGAUAUGAAGGAUGGACAUAUUUUGAUAGUUUUUACUACUGUUUUGUUACUUUAACUACAAUCGGAUUUGGCGACUACGUGGCUUUGCAAAACGACAAUGCUCUAAUCAAUAAGCCUGGAUAUGUAACAUUGAGUUUAGUGUUCAUUUUAUUUGGCUUGGCAGUUGUUGCUGCCAGUAUUAAUUUACUUGUACUCAAAUUUAUGACAAUUGGUCCUGAAGAAAGUAGAAAAGACGAUCAAGAUCUCCAAUCGUCUUCGCAUCAUGUUUUUGCUUUAGAUGGCGAAAUGAUGAACGCUAAUGGGAAGUUACUUGCUGGGCAUCAUAACUUCAUCGAUGAUGAUUUCGAUCAAGCGUCAGUCUGCUCUUGCAACUGCCUUGGAUUAAAUCAUGCAGAUAAUGAAAGGCUACUUUUAGAUAAUUGCUAUCAUCCUUCAAACAUUCUACUGAACGCAAGUUUGACUACAAAGAGAGCUUCUGUGUGACAUUUUCUGUUGAAAAAGAAGAAUAGCAUUUGAAUAAAUCAUCAGAGGAGAAACUCAAUAAACGCAAAGCAGAUAAUUAUUGAUUAUGAGCUGGCUUUCUCAUCAAUUCCUAGGGAACUAGAAAUUUGAUUGGAAAAUCUUAAUUAAGAAUGAGCAGUUAGAAACGCUUAUCAAAUUUCUAUAUUGAUCAGUGGAAACUACAAAAAUAUAAGUUUAAUAGUUGAUGAAGAAAUUUACUCUAAACUUAAAGUUUUUAUGCUACUAAACACCCAUCCAACAUUUAUAUUGGGAGAUUUCAACUUCCCCAACAUAAAAUAGGAAAAUCUAAUCGUUUUCCCACCAGAUAAAAAAAAAACUGAUGAUUUUAUGGAUAUGUACCAAAAAUCAAGCGCAUCUCAAAUAAUAAAUUUUCAACGGACAGAUUGACAAGACCUCAAAUAAAAACUUUAAAGGAGAGAAGAAAUAGAGGAGACUUAAUUGAAACAUACAAAAUAACCAGUAACUACUAUACUUGCAAUAUCAGAAAUAUCUUUGUAAAAAACCAAAGAACUAUCUUCGUAGGCACUCCUCCAAGAAACUCAAAAAAGAAAAAACUGCAAAACUGCCCUGGGAGAGCAGACAGUGUGAGCAGCAAGUGUCAACGCAUUCAGAAAUAGAUCAGACAAAGAACUCAAGAACUGCGCAGUUAGUAUGAUACACUACAGCACAUAGACAGUUUUCAAUACAAGAAAAACAGAUUUUUAAACGCUUCAUCGGUUUUACCGCCUGCUAUUGGACAGAUGACAUGUUUCAUCCAAGUUUUUCCUACUUCGACCAAAUAGAAU